AAAUCCAACCAGAUUCUAAUUUCUUGAAGUAAAUAGAGGGAGGAUAGAACGAAGAAAUAUGAAACACAGUCCCUGUAACUGAUAACACAAUCAAAUUUCAUGACCGUGUGUGUGUCACCAUACAAUGAUGCCAUUCAUUCUUUGUUCCUGUAAGUCCCUUUGCUUUCCCAAACACACAUCACCUCUUAAUCAUGCCCACGAUUUCACUAACACUUUGUGGAACAAACCACAUGCAGCGAACCCCAUUAAACCCCCAUCUCCAACACCCCAAAAUUUUUUCCCUUUUACAAAUAAAUUCGCAAUUUUGGGCACUACCCAUGUUCCAUUUUGCUCAAGGGAUGUGGAAUUUGUUGGCUUUUAUGGGAACAAGUUAUCUAAGGAAACUCUUGUUGAUGAUAGAAGCCAAGAGCAUGAAACUGAAACACUUGAGUUGCUGAAUAAACCUUCGCUGAUUCCCAUUAAAAAUGGGUCAUCUUCUGAAACUGAAUUGCACACAGAAAAAGCUUCCACAGAAGAGGAGGCUUUGGCACCCUUUAUGAAGUUUUUGAAAGGGGGUGAUUCUGUGUUGGAAGACUCUGAUGAAAGAGAUGAUGAAAAUGAAGAAGCUAAGGAGGUUGAAGUUGAUGAUAAGUACUAUGAGCCCAGACCUGGGGAUUUUGUGGUUGGAGUUGUUGUUUCAGGCAACCAGAACAAGAUCAAUGUAAAUGUGGGAGCAGAGUUACCAGGGACAAUGUUGACAAAGGAGGUGCUUCCCUUGUAUGGGAAUGAGAUGGAACACUUGUUAUGUGAUGUUAACAAGGAUGUAGGGAAUCUUAUGGUUCAGGGGAAGAUGGGAAUUCUGAAGAAUGAUGAUGCAAUAGACACGGUGCCGGUGCCGGGAGGAACUGUUGUUGAGAUUGGAACUGUUUUGUUUGCUGAGGUUUUAGGUAGAACACUUGCUGGUAGGCCAUUGCUUUCUACCAGAAGGCUUUUCCGCCGGAUUGCUUGGCAUCGACUGAGACAGUUAAAACAGCUCAAUGAACCUAUAGAGGUUAGAAUCACAGAGUGGAAUACUAAGGGCCUGCUGACAAGGAUUGAGGGUUUACGAGCUUUCCUACCUAAGGCUGAGCUUAUGAAAAGAGUAAAUUGCUCUACUGAAUUGAAAGAGAAUAUGGGACGUCAUAUGUAUGUACAAAUUACUCUAGUAGAUGAAGCUAAAAACAAUUUGAUAAUUAGUCAGAAGGAAGCUUGGGAAAAGCUACAUCUUCGAGAAGGAACACUUCUAGAAGGGACUGUGAAAAAGAUCCUUCCUUAUGGAGCUCAAAUUAUGAUAGGAAAAACGAAUAGAAGUGGAUUGCUUCAUGUUUCAAAUAUCACUCGAGCUGAGAUUACUUCUGUCAGUGACAUACUUUCCAUUGAUGAGAAGGUUAAAGUUCUGGUUGUGAAGUCAGUGACUCCUGAUAAAAUUUCUUUAAGCAUUGCGGACCUUGAAAGUGAACCUGGUCUAUUUCUAUCAAAUAAAGAGAGAGUAUUUUUGGAGGCUGAUAUGAUGGCAAAGAAAUACAGGGAAAAGCUACCUCCUCCUCUUAUUACUCAACUACCCCAACCCCUCCCAAACAACACCAUGCCUUUUGAAAAUGAAGCACUUUAUGCUAACUGGAAGUGGUUCAACUUUGAGAAAUAAUGAAGAAACAGAUUAGCGUUGAAAGUAGUUGAAAGCAUGAAGUUAUUCAUGGGCAAGCUUGAUUGAGUACUUGACAUUGCAAGGAGCACCCACUUCCCAAAUAGAGACUUUCCUUCUUAGAAGAAACAUUAUAAAGCUUUUGAUUCAAUUUUUAUUCUCAUGAUGAGUUCAUUGGCAUGGAUUGUAUAGAGCGCACAACCAAUAACGGAUGGGGUUCAAAGACAUCAUCUAAGUGUUAUUUGCUUUUAUUUUUGUGGCCUUCAUAUAAAAAAUAACUUUUCCCAAUCUUUUUAGCUAGUCGUUCUAUGGGUAGAUUCAUGUAGUUGUAUGUAAAUUUCUGUGUAAGUUAUAGUUACAUUUGUUCACUGAUGCUUUACUUUUCACCUUGUUUCCUUCUCUGUCUUUGCAUCUCCUUUUGUUUUUGUUUAAGGGUUUGUAUCGCGCGUGUUGCUAAUUUCCAGAUAACGAUUGAUGUUCCAAGAUAUUAAAUCAUUUGAUGUUUCG